AUGGUGGAUUACCUCUCCAAAUGGGUAGAAGUAAUACCAUCAGUCACCAAUAAUGCUAAAGUGGCUAAGAAGAUGCUUAAGAAGAUUAUAUUUCCAAGUUUUGGCACACCAAGAGCACUCAUUAGUGAUGGAGGUUCUCACUUUUGCAACCAUAUAAUUGAGUCACUUUUGAAUAAGUAUGGAGUUACCCACAAGGUAGUAACACCAUAUCAUCCCCAAACUAGUGGACAAGUAGAGGUAAGGAAUAGAGAACUAAAGUGGAUCCUAAAAAGAACGGUUUCACCCUCAAGAAAAGAUUGGUCUAUGAAGCUUGAUGAUGCACUUUGGGCAUACAGGCUUCUUCAAUUAAAUGAAUUGGAAGAGCUAAGGGCUAAUGCUUAUGAAAAUGCAAGGAUUUAUAAAGAACGAUCAAAGAUAUGGCAUGAUAAGCAUAUUCGUGAGAAGCACUUUCGUGAAGGUCAGUUGGUUUUGCUUUCUAAUUCAAGAUUGAAGUUGUUUCCUAGGAAAUUGAAGUCUAGAUGGUCGGGUCCAUAUAAAGUGGUAAAGGUGUACCCUUACAGAAUGGUAGAAAUCGAAAAUUCUAAUGGUGAACUCUUCAAGGUUAAUGGUCAUUGA